CCCCUUUCGUUUGUCAAAAAAUAAAUAAAAAUUUACCCAUUUUCUGUUCAUCAUCUUCCAUUUUCUCUCUCCUCGAUUCUUCACUGUCGCCAUUGCAGCUCCAAAGAAGCAAAUUAACAUCCUAAUUACUUCCGAUCUUGCUUAGAUCAUCCAAUUUCUUCAUCAAUUUCCAGCUGGAAAUUGAACUCAGUGGAAAGACAAUGCGGUAUAGUGAUCAGUUGUGUAGGUGUAUUUGGUUUUGCAAGUUGUAGAGGUGAAAAGAGUGAUCAUUUUUUUGGGAGGAAAGGAUGCACAUUGUGAAGGGUGUGGCGAACCUCAUUCGGGGUUCGUCAGGUGGUAACAGCGCGGAGUCUGUCUCGGGUUUGCAAGCUGAGCGUUUUACUCUACCUGUUCAGAAUGUUUGCUUCAGUGAGGUUGGCAAUGAGUCGAUACUAAAAGGUCUAUGGGAGAAACACGAAAAGGCUGCUGAUAAGGUGGAAAAGAGAAAGCUGUUUCAUGUUUUUCUUAAGCAGUUUGUAGACGUGCACAACAAGUGGGAGCCUAUAAUCACUGGAGAAUUAACAGAUAGAACAUCGCCUAAUGUCUCAGAUGUGGAGAAUUCCCUUCUGUCUGGUGACUCCUCUGUUGGCUGCUUUUCUGGACAUCCAACUGAAUUUAUAAUAACCCUAAUUGAUGAAAUAACACAAAUGACUUCUAUUGUCACCAAGUUGGACACCGGAAAUUUGGAGUCUACAUCUGAUCCACUAACUGUUUCCACAAGCUCGAAGAUUUCUUCAGAAGGGAUACCUGCCCUAGAAGCAUUGAUGAUUGUAGUUCGUUCAGUUCAUAACUGCAGAAUUUUAGGCUACUAUGGUGGAAUACAGAAACUUGUUGCAUUAAUCAAAGCGUCUGUUGUCCAACUAAAGGCGAUCUCUGGAGCUCUUGCUGGGGAUGAAGCCUUGUCUGUUCUUGUUCUGAAUACAUUUGAGCUGUUGCAAAAGUUACUCGUACAUGUGGUGUCAGUCCUUUGCAGCUUCAUUGACUUGAAUUCAGAUGCUUAUGAGAUGGCUAAUAUGUAUAGCAGUGUUAAACUGUCAUUACCAAGUGGUGGUGCAUCUCUGAUAGACCCAUCCAAUACGUUCAAAGUUCACCGUGGAAAGAUGCACCCGUGGAAGCAGACAGCUAUUGUGUCAGUGAUGGAAGCUGGUGGUCUAAAUUGGCUAGUAGAAUUGCUUCGUGUCUUGAGAAGGUUGAGCAUAAAAGAACAGUGGACGAAUCUGUCACUUCAAUAUUUGACUUUGAGGGCUCUACAUUCGGCCUUAUCUGAAAAUUCCCGUGCUCAAAAUCAUUUUAGAAGCAUUGGAGGGCUUGAAGUUUUACUGGAUGGGCUCGGACUUCCAUCAAACAAUGUAUUGACAUCACAAAUAACAAAUAGUUAUGAAAGUGUCCUGCUCGCCUUAUUUCAACUUCAUGUUCUUUCUUUGGAGGUUCUUAGAGAAGCAGUAUAUGGAAACUUGAAUAAUUUGCAAUUCUUGUGUGAGAAUGGAAGAGUGCAUAAAUUUGCAAACAGCUUCUGCACUCCUGCCUUUGCACUUCAAGAUUUUGAACAACGGAGGGAGAAACUUUUUGUGGAAGAUAAUUUGGAAAAUUUGGCCACAACUUCAAAGCAUGGCAGUGAAGAGAAAGUGUGGAAAAAAGAGUCCUCAACAGUACCACCUGCUGGGGAAUUCAUGAAAUUUUGGCAACAUUAUGUUUUUACGUUGAGCCAAAGUUUCUGCUCUUUUGUUCUUGCUUUAGAAGAUACUAAGUCUGAAAGUAAUUACGUGCCAGUUUCUUCAUUAUUUUCUGAACUUUCAGUACGAUGGAUAUUGAGGGUUCUUCUGGUUGUCUUUCCUUGCAUCAAGGCUUUCUCAAAUCAAGAUGAACUGCCUACUUUCUUAAGAAUGUUUGUGUGUAUCUUACAGCAUCAAGUUCUGUAUGCGUUAAGGCAGGUUUUGAGUUCCUUACCAACAUUACUUGAAGUGUUUCGAGCGGAACGAAUAUGGGAACUUAUCUUCUCAGACGACUUCUUUUUUGGAUCGGCUUUGGAAGAUAUUGAAGUUAAUUCCCCAGUGACCAAGCGUUCCUGCUUAUCUUCUACAUGUAGGGGCAAUGAUAGUGAAGUGCAGGUUCUCCAAAUAGAAGUUAUCUCAUUUGCCGAGUUAGCUGCAUCUCUUAAUGAGACUACACAUAACUUGCCAGAAUGCUCAGCUUUGUUAGAUGCGCUUGAGCGUUCUGCUUGCAAUCCAGAGAUUGCCACGUUGCUUUGUAAAAGUCUGUUUCAAAUAUUGCAACAUGCACCGGAAAAAACUCUUUCUUCUUUCAAGGAGCUUAAGGCGAUGUCCCGAGUGCUUAGGGUUGCCUGCAUUCAAGCUCUAAAACUUAGGUCUAAUGAUGCAACCCCUAGUGAAAAAGUGACCAAUGUUGAGGACAUUCCUCUUGAGGGUUGUCACAGAUCAGAUAUGUCUGCAGCAUUGCAUAAUUUGAAUAGGAGCAUGGGGGCAGCUAUAGAGCUCUUCAAGGUAUACUUUUUUGUUGCAGAUGAUGCGAAAGGUUUGGUGCUACACGAUGUAGAGUGCAUCAAUUGUUUGUUUGAUUUGUUCUGGGUUAAAGAUUUAAGAAGUCUCAUGCUUGGUUACAUCCUUGACCUGAUGAAGGCUGCUCCUACUUCCAAGGAUGACCAAUCAGCAAAGUUGCAGCUGUGUUCUAGGUACCUGGAAACUUUCACUCAGGUAAAAGAAAAGGAAAAAGAUUUUGCUGAAGUGUCAAUUGAGCUUUUGGCUGGCAUGAGAGAGAUGUUGCAGAUGGAUCAAACGUAUUAUCAGGAGUUGUUUCGGGAUGGGGAAUGUUUUAUCCAUGUUGUCUCUUUACUCAAUGGAGUAGUUGAUAUCAUGAAUGGGGAGAAAUUGGUCCUCGAUGUCCUCCAAACACUGACAAGUCUUCUUUCCCAUAACGACAGAUCAAAGGCCUCAUUCAGAGAUCUUGUGGGGAAGGGCUAUCAGACUUUGCAAAGCUUGUUGCUAGAGUAUUGCCACAGCCAGGCUAGUGAGUGCCUUUUAAAUUCACUGCUUGACAUGCUUGUGGAUGGCAAGUUUGAUAUUAAAGGGAGUCCUUCGAUAAAAAAUGAAGAUGCAAUUCUUCUCUAUCUAAGUCUCUUGCAAAAGAGCAGUGAUUCCGUGCAGCAAGAGGGGCUGAAUACCUUUCUUCAGCUACUGAGGGAUUCUAUAUCCAAUCGAGCUUCCUGCGUGGGUGCAGGGAUGCUCAACUUUCUUCUUGAUUGGUUCUCAGAAGAAGGCAACGAUAAUGUCACCUUGAGAAUUGCCCAGCUAAUUCAAGUAAUUGGUGGCCAUAGCAUAUCAGGAAGGGAUAUUCGGAAAAUUUUUAUGCUUCUACGAAGUGAAAAAGUUGGGAAACGGCAACAGUAUUGUUCAUUGCUUAUGAAUUGCAUUUUGGCAAUGCUGAAUGAGAAAGGACCGACUGCCUUUUUCGACCUUAUCGGGAAUGACUCGGGAAUCCUACUCAGAACGCCUCUGCAGUGGCCUCAUAACAGGGGUUUUACUUUCUCUUGUUGGCUCAGGGUAGAAAAUUUUCCAAGAUCUGGAACAAUGGGACUCUUUUCUUUCCUUACCGAAAAUGGGAGAGGAUGUUUUUCUCUAAUUUCCAGGGACAAGCUAAUAUAUGAGUGUGUUAACCAUAAGAGACAUGCCGCUUCGCUUCAUGUCAAUCUUGUUAAGAAGAAAUGGCAUUAUCUUUGCAUAACCCAUAGCAUUGGUAGAGCUUUCUCUGGGGGUAGCCUUUUAAAGUGUUAUCUGGAUGGCAAUAUUGUAUCGUCUGAAAAAUGCAGAUAUCCAAAAGUUAAUGAUCCCUUGACAAAAUGUGCUAUUGGCACCAAGAUACUUCUUCCUUUCAGCGAAGAAGAAAAUACUUCUUACUCCAUAAAAGAUAUUUCACCAUUUCUAGGUCAGAUAGGCCCAGUAUAUUUGUUUAAUGAUGCCAUCACUCCGGAGCAAGUUAUGGGUAUCUAUUCCUUGGGUCCAAGCUACAUGUACUCAUUUCUUGAUAAUCAAUUUUCCCUGUCAUCUGAUAAUCCCUUGCCUGGUGGGAUCUUUGACACAAAAGAUGGCCUUGCUCCCAAAAUAAUUUUUGGACUUAAUGCACAGGCGAGUAACAAGAGAGCGUUGUACAAUGUUGCACCUCUCAUGGAGAAUGCAGUCGUGAAGAAUCCAUUUGAAGCUACUGUGCUUGAAGGGACACAGCUAUGUUCGAGGCGUUUGCUUCAAGAAAUUAUUUACUGUGUUGGAGGCAUAUCUGUGUUCUUUCCUCUUUUUACUCAAUCUCACUGGUAUGAGAAUGAAGAGCAAACUGACAACAGAAAUCCAUUGCUUAUACCUAUCACGAAAGAGCGUCUUACAGCAGAAGUUAUUGAGCUUAUAGCUUCUGUCCUAGAUGAAAAUGUAGCAAAUCAACAACAGAUGCAUCUUGUUUCUGGAUUUUCAAUUCUGGGUUUUCUGUUGCAGUCAGUUCCACCCGAGCAACUUAAUUUGGAAACUCUUUCAGCUUUGAAACAUCUGUUCAACGUGAUUGUGAACUGUGGCAUGUCGGAGCUUCUCAUAAAAGAUGCUAUUUCUGCGAUAUUUCUUAACCCUCUUGUGUGGGUGCAUACCGUUUACAAAGUUCAGCGCGAACUAUAUAUGUUUUUGAUCCAGCAGUUUGAUAAUGAUCCAAGACUGCUAAAGAGUCUGUGCAGGCUACCUCGUGUCCUGGAUAUAAUACGCCAGUUCUAUUGGGAUAAUGCUAAAUGCCGAUCUCCUGGUGGAUGGAGACCUCUCUUGCGCCCUCUAACAAAGAAAGCUUCCGGAGAGCGACCUAGUAAAGAAGAAAUACAGAAAAUUCGUCUUCUUUUGCUCAGUCUGGGUGAGAUGAGUCUUAGGCAAAAUAUCGAUGAAUCAGAUAUUAAAGCACUUAUUGCCUUCUUUGAGACAAGUCAGGACAUGGCAUGUAUCGAAGAUGUUCUCCACAUGGUUAUACGGGCUAUCUCUCAGAAAUCUCUUUUGGCACCAUUUGUUGAACAGGUCUACUCCAUUGGUGGAUGUCAUGUAUUCAUAAACCUUCUGCAGAGAGGACAUGAACCAAUCAGAUUGCUUAGCUUGCAAUUCAUAGGCAGGCUUUUAGUUGGCAUUCCAUCUGAAAAAAAAGGACUAAAAAUUUUCAGCAUUGCGGUUGGAAGAUCUAAAUCUCUCUCAGAAAUCAAUAGGAAAACCAAUUCAAGAAUACAGCCAAUUAUUUUGGCCAUUUCUGAUAGACUGUUCAGCUUUCCUUUAACAGAACAUUUAUGUGCCACUUUAUUUGAUGUCCUCCUUGGUGGUGCCAGCCCGAAGCAGGUGUUACAGAAGCAAACCCAACCUGAACGUCAAAAAAGCAAGGGCAGUGGUUCUCAAUUCUUUGUUCCUCAGAUUCUGGUUCUCAUUUUCAAAUUUCUUUCUGAGUGCAAAGAUGUAUCGGCCAGAGUUAAAAUAAUUGCAGAUCUUCUUGAUCUCCUUGAUUCAAGUCCGUCGAACAUAGAGGCAUUAAUGGAGUAUGGAUGGACUGCAUGGUUGACAGCUGCAAUGGACCUUGAUGUUGUGAAGCGUUACAAACUGGAAUCAGUUGGUCAAAGUGAAAGUGAGAUAAUUGAACAAAAUUCUGUGAGAACGUUGUUCUGUGUUGUUCUUUGCUAUUAUUUGAUUUCUGUGAAAGGUGGCUGGCAACACUUGGAGGAGACAGUGAAUUUCAUACUCAUGCAUUUUGAAAAGGCUGGCGUCUCAUACCACUACUUGCUUCGGGAUAUAUAUGAGGAUUUAUUACAGAAGCUCAUAGAAUUCUCUCACGAGGAAAAUCUUUUGGCAUCUCAGCCUUGUCGGGAUAAUGCCUUGUAUUUCAUGAGAUUGAUUGAUGAGUUGCUUCUAUCUGAGAUUGAUCAUAAACUUCCGUUUCCGGCAACAAGCUCAGAGUUUUCUCCAGAUCAACUUGAAGUAGAGGGUUUCACAGAUCUGGGUGCCGCUCUACGCGAUGCACUGCAAGGAGAACCCGUUGAAAGAAUGUCUAGAAAUUCACCAGCAAGCAAGAAACCUACAACCAACGAAGAUGUGAUAGCUGAUGACAACUGGUGGAACUUGUAUGACUGUCUUUUGGUUGUUAUUUGUGAGAUGAGUGGAAAAGGCCCUAGUAAGACUAUGCAUAAAUCAACUUCUUUUUCUGGACCAUCCCUUGGGCAAAGAGCACGUGUCUUGGUUGAAUCAUUGAAUAUUCCUGCAGCUGAAAUGGCUGCAGUUGUUGUGUCUGGAGGACUUGGGAAUGCGCUUGGAGGAAAAUCAAGUAGAAAUGUUGACAAAGCUAUGUUACUAAGAGCGGAAAAAUGUCCAAGGGUAGUUUUCCGCUUGGUUGUCUUGUAUCUUUGCAGAGCAUCAUUACAGAGAGCAUCUCGAGGUGUCCAGCAAGUGAUUCCACUUUUGCCGUCUCUUUUUCUGUCUGAUGAUGAACAAAGCAGAAACCGGUUACAGCUUUUCAUUUGGUCUAUGCUGGCUGUUAGGUAUCAAUAUGGGAUGCUUGAUGAUGGCACUCGUUUUCACGUUAUAUCUCACUUGAUCAGAGAAACUGUCAAUGGUGGAAAAUCGUUGCUUGCUACUAGCAUAAUUGGUAGUAACGAUUCAUCAGAUCCUGGCAGUGCAGCAGCAGAAAUGGGUGCUGUGCACAAUUUGAUUCAGAAAGACAGAGUACUCAUUGCGGCUUCUGAUGAGGCAAAAUUCAUAAAAGAUUUAGAGACAGAUCGCAUGAGGCAGCUGGUUGACUUACGGACUAGGAUAGAUGAGAUCAUACUGACAGACUCUGGCCAGAAAAAGGCAUUUGAAAGUGAGUUGCAACGCAACUUAAGAGGAAUACUUGCUUCUGAUGAUAGUAGGAGAGCUGCAUUCCAACUUGCUUGUGAUGAGGAGCAACAAGUAGUUGCUGAUAAAUGGAUGCAUGUCUUCCGAUAUUUGAUUGAUGAACGAGGGCCUUGGUCAGCCAAUCCUUUUCCAAACUGUGCUGCAAGACAUUGGAAACUUGAUAAGACAGAAGAUACAUGGCGCCGUAGACUGAAGUUAAGACAAAAUUAUCAUUUUGAUGAGAAAUUGUGUCACCCUCCAUGCAGUGCUUCAGAUAAUGAAGCUGCAGUUGUACCUUGUGAAGAUAAUUCUGGUGUUGGCGUGCCUAUUCCAGAGCAAAUGAAGCGCUUCUUGCUGAAAGGAAUUCGCAGAAUCACGGAAGAGGUGAACCCUGAAGCCAGUGAAAGUGAUAAUGAGUCAAAUAGCUCCCAGGGGAUGAGUUCUGAGGAGGUUCCAGAGCUGUUGAAGGAUGCUGACCAGAAGGAUGCAGUUCAGGAAAGAAAAGACUCUUCUUCACCAGGCUUUGAGACAGAUAGUGGGCAGGUUCUUACUACUGUAGCCUGCAUUAUGGUUACUCCAAAAAGAAAAUUAGCUGGACAUUUGAAGGUCUUAAAAAAUGUCUUACAUUUCUUUGGUGAAUUUCUGGUGGAAGGCACUGCAGGGUCCACAGUUUUUAGAACUUUUGAUUCUUUAAAGAAUUCUGAACUGGAGAUGACUGAUCAACCAAAUGAAGUUGAGAAGCUGAAAUUUCUGAAACUUACGGCAGAUACUAGUGUGUUUUCUGAGAAGCAUAAAGCUAUUGGUACUUUGGAGAGGCAUAUGAAAGGUAUCAAACGGCAUUGGAGGUGGGAAGUUUCCAAGAUUAAAGCAGUGCACUGGACUCGUUAUAUGCUUCAAUACACCGCCAUUGAGAUUUUCUUCAGCAAUUCUGUUACUCCAGUUUUCUUCAAUUUUUCUUCACAAAAGAUGGCGAAAGAUGUUGGAAGCCUUAUUGUUACCACCAGAAAUGAGUUACUGUUCCCAAGGGGAAGUGCUAAAGACAGGACUGGGGUUAUCUACUUUGUUGAUAGACGUUUGGCUCAAGAGAUGGCUGAAACUGCUAGGGAGAGAUGGAGGAGGAGGGAAAUCACCAACUUCGAGUACCUUAUGAUUCUUAACACACUUGCUGGAAGGUCUUAUAAUGACUUGACGCAAUAUCCUGUCUUUCCUUGGGUAUUGGCUGAUUAUACAUCAGAGACACUUGACUACAACAAAUCCUCAACCUUUAGGGAUCUUUCAAAACCCGUGGGAGCUUUGGAUCCCAAGAGAUUCGAGGUUUUUGAGGAUAGAUACCAAAGUUUCUCUGAUCCUGACAUUCCCAGUUUCUAUUACGGUUCUCAUUAUUCCAGCAUGGGGAUUGUGCUCUAUUACCUCAUUAGGCUUGAGCCAUUCACUGCCUUGCAUCGGAAUCUACAGGGAGGUAAAUUUGACCAUGCAGAUCGUCUAUUCCAGAGUAUCGAAGGAACAUUCCGCAACUGCCUGUCUAAUACGAGUGAUGUCAAAGAACUAAUCCCUGAAUUCUUUUACAUGCCCGAGUUUCUUAGUAAUUCGAAUUCCUACCAUCUUGGCGUUAAACAGGAUGGUGAACCCAUUGGUGAUGUUUGCCUUCCCCCAUGGGCCAAGGGAUCGCCAGAAGAAUUUAUCUACAGAAAUCGAGAGGCUUUAGAAAGUGAAUUUGUUAGCUCAAAUUUACAUUUGUGGAUUGACCUAGUUUUUGGCUACAAACAGAGAGGAAAGCCAGCAGUUGAGGCGGGAAAUAUCUUUUACUAUUUGACGUAUGAAGGUGCUGUUGAUCUCGAAAGCAUGGAAGAUGAAUUGCAAAGAUCAGCUAUUGAAGAUCAAAUUGCUAAUUUUGGCCAAACUCCUAUCCAGAUUUUUCGUAAGAAGCACCCAAGAAGAGGACCACCGAUUCCAAUUGCUCAACCUUUACGUUACGCUCCUGGUUCUAUUAAUUUGACAGCAAUUGUCUCUAGCUUCAGUCAUUCUCCAUCACCUCUUCUGUACGUCAAUGUAUUCGACUCAAAUGUCAUCCUAGUUAAUCAAGGCCUCACGAUGUCAAUUAAGACGUGGUUAACAACCCAACUGCAAUCUGGUGGCAAUUUUACAUUUUCUAGUUCACAGGAUCCAUUCUUUGAGAUUGGUUCUGACGUCCUCCCUACUCGUAAUAUUGGAAGUUCUUUGGCUGAAACUGUUGAACUUGGAUCACAGUGCUUUGCUACUUUGCAAACACCUUCAGAGAAUUUUUUGAUAUCCUGUGGCAACUGGGACAAUAGUUUUCAGGUUGUGUCCCUAUCUGAUGGAAAAGUUGUUCAGAGCAUUAGACGUCAUAAAGAUGUGGUUAGCAGCGUUGCAGUGUCUUCUGAAGGAAGUAUACUUGCUACUGGGAGCUACGACACCACAGUAAUGGUAUGGGAGGUCAUUCGUUCUAAAACAUCAGAAAAGAGAGUCCGAACCAGUCAAAGUGAAAUCGUCCGUAAAGAUUACAUCAUUUCCGAGACCCCCUUUCAUAUUCUAUGUGGACAUGAUGAUAUAAUUACAUGCUUAUAUGUUAGCAUGGAUCUUGACAUAGUUAUCAGCGGGUCAAAAGACGGAACUUGUGUUUUCCAUACCUUACGAGAGGGCCGAUACGUAAGGUCCCUUUGCCACCCUUCUAACUGUGCAUUGACAAAGCUUGUUGUAUCACAACAUGGACGGAUUGUACUAUAUUCUGAUGAUGAUCUAAGCCUCCGUCUUUACUCAAUUAAUGGGAAAUACAUCGCAAGUUCGGAGUCUUAUGGGCGUCUCAGUUGUAUAAAACUCAGCGGUUGUGGUGAUUUCUUGGUUUGCGCGGGUGAUCAAGGACAAAUAGUUUUACGGUCUAUGAACUCCUUGGAAGUUGUGAAAAAGUACGCCGGAAUAGGCAAGGUUAUAACUUCGCUCACAGUUACUCCCGAAGAAUGUUUUCUGGCUGGCACAAAAGAAGGAAGCCUUCUUGUGUAUUCUAUAGAAAAUCCUCAACUUAGAAGGGCUAGCUUGCCGCGGAAUAUAAAAUCAAAAUCUUCAGUUUAUGGAUAGAAGACUCACUGUUCUAGAAGCAUUCUUCUGCUCGUUGCUAAUUUAAGGAUUAUGAUGGAGUAUUUGGAGGUGCCCUUCCUUUGGCAUAAUGCAAAGGGACAAAUGCAAUGAGAUCAACUCUAGAACUGGAAACCAACUAUCUCAAAUUUGACCAUUGUUCUUUCAUGUCAGGCACCGGAUAAAGAGACGCAAGGCAGCGACGCCAGGUUCGUGCAUUGCAUUGUUUUGUAAACAGGAAACUACAAGCUUCAAAGUCUUGAUAUAGCAGAAAAUCAAUUAGAUGACACACUGUAUAUUAACAUAUUUGCUAUAUAGAAAAAGAAACAAAAAUGUAUCACAUUUAGUCAGCAAAAUGAGGGAAAUUAUCGAUAGAGUUUAAUAUAGUAUUAGGGAUUACUAAAUACUAAUCCCCUUUUCAUAAGAGUAGUGCUAAGUGCUAACCCCAAACUUUUGUACAGACGAAAUGAUUUAGUCUCUCUAAUAGAAGGUCGUUUUGUGUUUGUCA